AUGGGUUCGCGCGACGAUGAAUAUGACUAUUUGUUUAAGGUGGUUCUGAUCGGCGACUCGGGUGUUGGUAAAUCAAAUCUGCUAUCUCGUUUCACACGUAACGAGUUUAACCUUGAGUCGAAAUCGACGAUUGGCGUUGAAUUUGCAACAAGGAGUAUUCAGGUAGAAGGUAAGACGAUAAAAGCUCAAAUUUGGGAUACAGCAGGUCAAGAACGUUAUCGCGCUAUCACGUCAGCCUAUUAUAGGGGUGCAGUUGGUGCGUUAUUAGUCUAUGAUAUUGCGAAGCACGUCACUUACGAAGCUGUUGAAAGAUGGCUAAAGGAGUUACGGGACCACGCUGAUCAAAACAUAGUAAUUAUGCUUGUGGGCAAUAAAAGUGAUCUGCGCCAUCUGCGUGCUGUGCCAACUGAUGAGGCAAAAGCGUAUGCAGAAAAGAAUCAACUCUCCUUUAUUGAAACCUCUGCGCUUGAUAGUACCAACGUGGAGGCCGCCUUUACCAAUAUUCUUACUGAAAUCUAUAGAUCAGUGUCGACAAUACAUGUUGGAGGUGACAAUCGGGCUAUGGUCUCAACGGGUGGAUCAAACAGUAUCCAUAUUUCUCCAACGGAUGAGACUCAAACGAAGAAGCAGUGCUGCUCGAGUCUGUGA